CCCAGUGACCCCCGACUUCAUCAGUUUAAAGCCCAGGUAUCGUCGGCUUUACUUGUGGUUUGAACAUCCCUUCCGAGCUGCAAAUUUCAUAAUUUAGCUUUCUUGUUUAUACAUAGCCCCUCUCUGUAGUUCUCCUACCCUCACGAAAUCAUGUCGACUGCAGACUUACCCCAGUAUUAUCCAAACAAUUUGAUACCGCUAGACAUAAAUAAGGUGACCCUCAAAAGCGCACUCAAGGAGCUGCAAGUUGCAGUGAACCGUGGUGCAACAUUGCUACAGGAAGCCUGCCCUCCUCAAAGCGAAUGGGGCAAAACCUACAACACGGGUUUAUACGUGGGAUUUCCAGGGAUUGCUCUUGCUUUCCUCCGACUGGACCAUCAGGUCAGAGCGUUCAGUAACAAGGAAGUCGGGCUUCCUCUUGACUUCCGCAGGCUUGCGAGCGAGCAGAUUAUACCACAUGGACCGGAUUUUCCACUUUUGCCUGAAAGAGUAGCGCCUUUUGGCUCCUCUAGUGUGCUUGUGGGACCCUUGAUGCGGAUUCUCGCAGCCGCCCAAUCUGGUGCAUCUAUGUCUGAAGCUGAUAUUGAAUGUCUCAGAAGUGUCGUACAAGUGGCCAUCGGAAAUGACCACAUGCUACCGCAUGGGGAUGGGAUGAUGGGUACGGACGAAGUCUUGUAUGGCCGAGCGGGUCUAUUGUGGGCUGUAUUAAGCGUGCGAGCUCACAAGUAUGACGAGGGGGCCACAGGCCUUCUGACGUCCAUCUUUGAGUCUGUUCCGGAUCUUGUUGAUGCGAUCAUCAAAGGUGGGCUCCAAGGCAGAGACGACUAUGUAGAGGAGUAUGGGGAGAGGGGUGCUUUGCCGUUGAUGUGGCACUGGCAUGAAGAUCGGUAUGGAUUAGGAGCGGUACAUGGAAUGUCCGGCAUACUCGCGGCCCUCCUUGCCUGCGAUCCUGAAGAGCUCAACGAUGGCGCUUCGCGUAACUAUUUGCCCCUGAUAGCGGAGACCAUCACAGGCCUUUGCAAGUUAUGCAUUGCCCAUAAUGGUCACCUCCCAACAAAUCUUCCCAAUCGUGGCCCUUCAUCCAAGCGCUCCUCACCUCUCGUCCAGAUUUGUCAUGGUAGUCCCGGCAUCUUAGCCCUGAUGGCGAGCGCCAGACGGAACAAGCCCCUGAUCACCGGCUUCUGGCAGCCAGAAUGGGAUGUAGCAAUUCGCCUGGCAAGCGAACGAGUCUGGGAGGAAGGACUACUUUCUAAAGGUGGCGGAAUCUGUCAUGGCAUUACAGGUAAUGCAUGGCCACUGUUGCUUCUUCACGACAGCUUCGAGUAUGAUAAGGAAGAGAUGCAGGCUGCCAGGGAAAGAUAUAUGGAGAGGGAACAGAUCACUAGCGCAACAGUAUUGGAUACCGGGCUCACAGGUGACUACUUCCUGUCGAGAGCGCUGGCGCUGAUGUUGCAUGCGCGGGAGACGCCUCCGUACCAUAGCUCCGACACGCCAACGUCCAACAUCUAUCGACUGCCCGAUCGCCCGUUUUCCCUUAUGGAGGGCCUGGCAGGCAUUGUCUGCGCGUGGUCGGACACAUGUGUGUCUGUCCAGAUGAGACUGCAAAGUAUGCUUCUGCGGGAGAAGUGGCCGCACAGUUCUGCAUCUCUGAAGACGGACCCAACAUUCCAAGAACUUGAAAGUCUGCGAUUGGGAAUCCCAACGCUUGCCUAUCACAGGGCUGCGGCUUUGCCCUGAGGUGGAAAUAUGAGAAGCUUAUUUAUUGGUUCAACUAAUGAAGGAAACUGUAACGACAGCAAUGUAUGCAUGGAAACUCCUGCAUGUAAAUCGCUCAAGCAUAAGGAUAUCUCGCUUCAAAUA